AUGUUCACCGACAAAAGCACCUCGUCGCUGGCACAUAAACCGGUACAGAAGAAAACCCGUCCGCACGGCCUGCCCUCUCCCGCCCUCUGCUGCGCCUGCGGUCUCUGCAUCAUGUUGGCCGGGAUCAACAUCACUCUAGUUGGCGCCUUUGCGUUUGGGACAUUUCUGCCAGUCAACAACCCCCCAAUCAUCAUUGGUCCCAUCCUCCUUGUCGUUGCCUUUGCCUUUUUUGGGGCUUGCUGUAUCUGCAGCCGGAGACCCCCCGCCCAUGGCACCAGGAAGUCUAAACCGGGGUCUAACAUUGGCUUUAUUAAGCCAGGAAAUGCGGCCUUUGAAAUUGAAACCAGCGAGCACACCAUACAGGACACCACUGCCGUCCAGCUGAGUCCCACCAACUCCCCGGUGUCCUCACGAAAAUCUUCCCCCGUGCAAGAAAAUACAAAGAUGUGCAAACUCUUCACAAUGGAGGGGAACGGGCCAGCCGCUAGAUUCACAGCAGAUGGAGAGUCUAUACAGCUUAAUUUACCCAGAGACCCGGUCACCUAG